UUUUUCGUGAAAAUCUAAAAAACGACCUCUUUGUAAUAUGAUAGUAUGGUACUUAUGUUCGUAAUUUGAUAUAUUAAGAGGAUAUUUUGUUUUUGGAGAGAAUCGUCAGGACAAGUUUGAAAUGUAAUUAUUUUUUUCUUUUUAUUUUAAAGAAUUUAUUUUUUAGUAUUUUCUUUGGUUUCUUGAGUGGUUUCUGAAAAACACCAAAACGUAAGUACAACAUACUACGACUUCAGAGCAACCUUGUAUUUUCGGCUAAAAGAAGAAUUGUUUCAAUCAAAUACGUUUAUUUGAAAGAUCUCUUUACUUUAUAGUUAUUUUUCAUUUAUUUUUUCUUUGUUUUUUUGCUUUCUGACACUCUUCUUGCUACCGUGGAAUUUCACAUUCCUCUUCCAAUCCAUCCUUAAUCGUUUCUAUUUGUACCGGAUUCGCACCUUAUGUUGCAGAACUUCACAUUUCGAGCUCUUAGACUUGGGCGAUCGAAUUGUCGACCCACAGGUGCUCUGAAGACUCUCGGUUUUCGUUACAAAAGCGAUACAUCAUCCUCUUUGCAUAUGUUUACGCCUGUCUGGAAAGACCAAGCAGUUAAUACGGUUAUCAAAUUUGUUCCACAGCAAAUGGCAUAUGUUGUCGAACGCAUGGGUCGCUUUUCUAGAAUUUUAAGCCCUGGUGUUGCUUUCCUUGUUCCUAUUGUCGAUAAAAUUGCGUACAUUCAAUCCCUAAAGGAGCGAGCUUUGGAAAUCCCUACCCAAUCUGCCAUUACUUUGGAUAAUGUCUCUAUUGGCCUAGAUGGCGUCCUUUACAUUCAGGUGUAUGAUCCAUACAGGGCGAGCUAUGGUAUUGAAGAUGCAGAUUAUGCCAUUUCGCAAUUAGCUCAAACGACAAUGCGUAGUGAAAUUGGACGGCUUACACUUGACCAUGUUUUGCGAGAACGACAAUCGCUGAACGAACACAUAUCGGAAGCUAUAAACAAAGCUUCUGAAAAUUGGGGAAUUCGCUGUUUGCGCCAUGAAAUCCGUGAUAUUCGUCCACCGGAAAGUGUUGUUAUGGCCAUGCAUCAACAAGUAUCUGCUGAACGUCAAAAGCGUGCAGAAAUCUUAGCAUCUGAAGGAAAAAGACAGUCUUCCAUCAAUGUUGCUGAGGGUGACAAACAAGCAGAAAUUUUAGACUCUGAAGGCCAAAAGAUUCGAACCAUUAAUGCCGCCUUGGCAGAGGCGCAAGCAAUUCGUGAAAGGGCUUUUGCUACAGCAAAAGGAAUUGAUGUUUUGUCAGAUAUGAUUGCCCAAAAGGAUCAUGGAGCCGAUGCGGUUAAUCUGCACGUUGCUGAACAAUAUCUUAAGAACUUCGGAAACCUUGCAAAGACUUCCAAUACCAUGAUUCUUCCUGCCGCAGCUAAUGACAUCUCUUCUAUGGUGGCUCAAGCAUUGUCCAUCUAUAAACAAGUGUCGAAUUCUCCAGCAUCACCAAAUCCCUUACAAAAGGAUUUUUCUUCUCUCAAGUCGAAUCCUGUGGAAACGAAUGAGAAACGUUAAAUAUUGGGUUAGCGAUUUCUUGUCAUCUUCAUGAACCUACAUACAUAUAUGAAUAAACAUUUGACAUGCUUAAAAAUAAUUCAAUUUCUCAAAAGCAAAAUUUAAUAAAUUUUAACAUGAAAUAAACUAGAAUAACUAAAUUACAAAAGGCACGUACAUGACCCUUCCAC